UUCUGAAUGACCAAUGAAACGUUGUCUUAGACUAAGGGUACCUUGGCAUGGAUCUGAUUAUUCUCUCACUGAUUGCCUUGAAAUGUAUGUUUCUCUAUUGGUGCACUCACACCUAGAUUUUUCUCUAGAUACAUCCACAAAACUGCAUUUCACAGAAUUCUGAGGACCAAUGGUGGGGAAAAGGAGCGGAUUCAUGGGCUCUGAAAUGAGUCUUCAUGUAUUUUAUUUCAAUGAUUGAGCCAAAUGCUGUGAAAUGCCAUGAUGAUAAUCUACAGUAUAGUUAGUAGUGAUGUCUCCAAUCAUUGUAGGGUUCCUAAAUCCUCAUUGGUUAGUCACUGCAGAGCACCAAUCACAUAGCUUCUUACGCCCACUCUGAGAUCUCCCUGUUCUGGUUAAUAACUGCCUGAGCCAUUUGUCUCAUCUGCAAAAAAAAUCAGCCAAUUUAUCAGCAAUGAGUGCUUCCAACCUUCUGGCCUUAAAUGCUUUCUAUUUACAUAUAGUAGAACUGGCAUAACGGUCUGAGACAGAUGACCAUUUAUUUGAAUUGACACCUGGAUAAGGUGUCGGGUCAAGAACAGGUUCUGCGCUCUGAUUUUCUGGACUUAGUUUUGGAAGUUUCACAACCCAAUGCCUUAGCUUUCUGUCAUUGGCAGAAAAAAUAUUGUUAGGGGACCCAAAGCAUGUAGUUGAUGGAAAAUUUUCUGUUGACGGUAAUAUUUGGGAGGACCUGUUCCCUGUACACAAUGUCUUGGUUUCUCUAGAUGGUAAACUCUAGAUGGCCUACUGUUGAUGACUGAUAUAGACAUUUUUAUCGGAGUGAUUCUGAAACUAGAAAACUCAGCCUCUCCUUUCUGGCCCCACCCCACCCAGCUUCUCCCAUCUGACCCUAACCUGAUCCUAUUGGCUGAAAUACCUGUUAAUCAGAACAGGGGGCUCCCCUCCUUGACACUACUCCUUUCCUACUGUACGAUCCACCCCAAAACGUGCCCACCCUUCAAACCCUCUUCUCUCACUGUUAACCCCCCCAACCUCUCGUAAACCCGUACCUCUUUAUUAAAGAGUCUUUAUUCCCUACCAAACUCGAUGUCCACACUGACGCCACUCGUCAAACUGAAACAGGUGAUGUCAUCUUAGUGCCCCUUUACACCUAGAAUGCUAAUUCACUGUUGGCAUUAUCAGUCAUUUUGAUGAGAUAAGCCUGUAGGGAUUUGAUGAUCAUAGUCUUUGAUGUUAAAUUUGCGUACUUCAUAAUGGUGAAAUUGUAAUCUGAUUUUUAAGUCCUUUUUUUGAGGUUAAAGGUUCUCUUCCUCCUUUUUGCGCUAACGCUCUCCUAUUUUUACUCUUUUCAGUGUAAAACUAAAUUGGCUAUACGUCAGGGGACUUUAUAGCCUGCUGGACUCUUUGGAUGAAUCUGAAAAGGGGGAAAUCUCCUACUUUCCUCCUUCUCCUGUAUGACCGAACAAGUCCUGCUUACGUCCCAUAUGUUCAACUUCUGUCUGUUUCUGAACGUUUCUCCUCUGGACACUUCGUUCUAUGUAUUUGCCCCAAUUUUGUAUUCAUUUGAUGAACUGUUUUUGUGGCGUCUUCCAGAAUGGAAUCGUGUUGAUGGAUAAAUGUGUAAACAGACCGACUGCCUCAAUUUAAAAUUAAAUGCACACAAACCAUCUGGCUUUUCUGUUAAUGUUGGAAUUUCCAGGUAUUGGUUGCUUUGAUGGGAUGGUAAGAUUCACCAUCUUUAUCCCCUCACUCCUUAGUCCACCCUCUGACCUCUAACCCCUGAUCCUGUAUACCUCCCUUAUGUCACUUUAAUUUUGCUCCUCUCCUUUUGUUGUUUUUCUCUCUUUCUCCCCUCCUUUUCUCUCUUGUCUCGUUGGGCUUUGCAUGUGGUUCUGCAGUGAAUUAUCUUCUGUAGUGGAGUGAAUUCUCUUCUGUGGAGUGUGGUAUGAGCCGGAGGUGUGGUGAGGAAGCAGCAGCCUGGGGAGGAGAGGAGGAGGAGGCGGCUGAGGAGGGAGGAGAGGAGGAGGCAGCAGCAGAAGAGGCUGGAGAGGAGGCUGCAGUUGAGGAGGCUGUAGCGGCGGAAAACGGAGCAGAACCCGCAGAAGAGGCCUCAGUCGAGACAGAAGCAGAGGCCGAGGCAGUCUCUGAAGAACCGGCUGUGGAGGCAGCGGCAGUAGAGGCAGAAGCAGCGGCCGAGGCAGUCUCUGAAGAACCGGCUGUGGAGGCAGCGGCAGUAGAGGCGGAAGCAGCGGCCGAGGCAGUCUCUGAAGAACCGGCUGUGGAGGCAGCGGCAGUAGAGGCAGAAGCAGCGGCCGAGGCAGUCUCUGAAGAACCGGCUGUGGAGGCAGCGGCAGUAGAGGCAGAAGCAGCGGCCGAGGCAGUCUCUGAAGAACCGGCUGUGGAGGCAGCGGCAGUAGAGGCAGAGGUGGCACCAGCGGAAGCGGAGACUGUGGUGGAGGAGAUUACAGAGGCUGUUGCUGAGGUCGCAGAAGAGGUCAUCGAGGUGGCAAAUGAAGUGGAGGCAGCAGCAGAGGAUGUGGCCAUGGAAGAGGCUGCUGAGGAGGCAGUUGCUGUGGAAGAGCCGGAGGAGGAGAUCAACGUGGAACCAGUCAUUCUGGCAGCAGCCUCUGCUUUGGAGGUGACGACAGUCGCUGAAGUGGUCAAAGAAGUGGUUGUGCCUAUUGUAGAAGAAGUCGAGGAGGCCGCCCCAGUGGAGUCGUCAGCUGCAGUGGAGGAGGCCCCAGCUGCAGUGGAGGAGGCCCCAGCUGCAGUGGAGGAGGCCCCAGCUGCAGUGGAGGAGGCCCCAGCUGCAGUGGAGGAGGCCCCAGCUGCCCCACUUGAGGCUGCACCCGUAGAAGAGGCCCCGGCUGCAGUGGAGGAGGCCACAGCUGCCCCACUUGAGGCUGCACCCGUAGAAGAGGCCCCGGCUGCAGUGGAGGAGGCCACAGCUGCCCCACUUGAGGCUGCACCCGUAGAAGAGGCCCCGGCUGUAGUGGAGGAGGCCCCGGCUGUAGUGGAGGAGGCCCCGGCUGUAGUGGAGGAGGCCCCGGCUGCCCCACUUGAGGCUGAACUCAUUGAAGAGGCUGUAGUGGAGGAGGCCCCGGCUGUAGUGGAGGAGGCCCCGGCUGUAGUGGAGGAGGCCCCGGCUGCAGUGGAGGAGGCCCCAGCUGCACCACUUGAGGCCACACCCGUAGAAGAGACCCCACCUGAGGUGGAGGAGGCUGCAGUGGAGGAGGCCCCAGCUGCAGUGGAGGAGGUCCCAGCUGCCCCACCUGUAGAAGAGUCCCCACCCGUAGAAGAGGCUGCGAUGAAAGAGGCCCCAGCUGCAGUGGAGGCUGCCCCAGUUGUGGUGGUGGCACCUGUGGAGGCGCCCAAGAAGGAGUACAUUGUAGUGGUGCUGGAGGGAGCAGCCAAGACUGAUAAGAGGCCCAAAGUCCUGGGGGUCGGCCCCAUGACCGGCAGGAUCAUCCCAUCUCCAGACGAUGAUGAGGCCCCUGCUGCUGAGGGCAAGCGACGGCUGCUUAGGAUGCAGAUGCAGUAGAACCACCUGACAGUAAGCACUUGGAGCCCCUGGAUGAUAUACAGUUUCUCUACCCUGAGGGAGAAGAGGGGAUGUGCCUUCCCCAACCCCCCUUUCAUUGACCUCUCCACACACUUUGACCUUUGACCCUUGAUAUUGAAUAUUGAUCUGUAGUAUAAAACUUGUCUUCUCGUCUUGGUCUAGGGAAUUAUCUGUGUAUAUAUUCAGAUAAUGCCUGCUUUAUGGAAAAAUACAUGAUCUGGUAGGUUUUUCUAGAUGUACAACACCCCUCAAAAAUUCCCCUCCCCAAAAAAAGUCCCCCUCCGUCACACCAGGCAAGCUAAAUUAUAAUAAUCUGGGAAUAUUUGGCCAUGAAAACAUUCCUGGUUGACGUCAGGAGAAUGUAACUGUUUGCCAAAGUUACACAAGUUUGCCAAAAUACCUUAGACUAACUAUUGGACUGAAAUAGUUAUAUAUUAACUUAAUUUUGUAGCUCUCCAUUAGAAGCUGGCAGGAACUGGGCCCAGCAGAAUUUGACCCAAUGUGAUUGGUUGACGAUAUGACACACUGGUUCGCUAGCCUAUACCCUACGUUUUGUCGGGUUGGAAUGCAAUCAAUGUCAAUUCUGAUCAAAUGAAUGGGAACUCUAAAUUGAAAUACGCAGUGGUGGAAAAAGUACUACAUUUUCAUACUUGAGUAAAAGUAAAGAUGCCUUAAUAGAAAAUUACUCAAGUUAAAGUGAAAUUCACCCAGUAAAAUACUACUUGAGUAAAAACAUGUAUUAAAGGUUUUAAAUAUAUUUAAGUAUCAAAUAUAAUUGCUAAAACAUAUCAAAAGUAAAAGUAUAAAUCUUUUCAAAUUCCUUAUUAAGCAAAUCAGUCAACACCAUUUUUGUGAUAUCCAAUUGGUAGUUAGUCUUUCCCAUCGCUGGAACUCCCGUACGGACUCGGGAGAGGCAAAGGUCAAGAGCCAUGCGUCCUCUGAAACAAGACCCUGCCAAGCCGCACUUCUUCUUGAUACACUGCUCGCUUAAUCCGAAAGCCAGCCACACCAAUGUGUCGGAGGAAACAACUGGUGGCGGAAGUCAGCUUGCAGGCACCCGGCCCGCCACAAGGACUUGCUAGAGCACGAUGGGACAAGGACAUCCCAGCCGGGCCAAACACUCCACAAUUUAAAUAAAAUAUAAUAAAUAUUAUGGAUAGCCAAGAGCACACUCUAACACCGACAUAAUUUACAAACAACGCAUUUGUGUUUAGUGAGUCCACCAGAUCUGAGGCAGUAGGGAUGACCAGGGAUGUUCUUUUGAUAUGUGCUUGAAUUGGACCAUUUUCCUGCCCUAAGCAUUCAAAAUGAAAGACAUACUUUUGGGUGUCAGGGAAAAUGUAUGGUGUAUAAAGUACAAAAAAUAUACUUAAGUAGUACUUUAAAGUAUUUUUACUUUACACCACUAGAAAAACGGAAGAAAUGUACAUUUUUUUUGUGACUAAGUCAGGACACCUGAAAAGUGGCUUAAAAACAGGUCUGUCCUGUGAAAAAACAGGACAUAUGGUCACCCUAACACAAAGGGUCAACCUACUAGACCACAAUGUUAAUCACAAUUAACUUUGAACACCGGUAGGCUUACACAUGAACACAUACAGGCUUCAGAUAAAUACAUCUGAUCGAAUAUCAACUUCAAUAGGGUAAAAUAACAAUAGACUACAUCACCAAUACUCAAAUGAUCAUUAUUUUCUCCUUUUAGGGGAGCUCCCCUGUAAUUUGCACCGUGGUCAUGCCCUUGACUAUCCUCCCCAUGCCCUAGUUUACUUCACCUAAGAAACUUCACAAUGGUGUUUCUUAAUUCAUCAUCAUCCAAUGCAAUACUACAUCUGAUGCUUAGCCACCAAAAGUCAACCACUAAUUGCUUCAGGACUGGGCAGGACAAGGUAGGGUUUUGGUGUGACCAGCAUUCUUGAACUAUCCUCAGGUUUUUCCUCGUUGAGCCGAUUUCAAUGUGAACAUAAGUAUUUAACUCUCAAAGACAUAGUGAUCGGAGACUAUUUCUGAAUCACUGGCUUGUUUUUGGGAGACGAGACAGAGUAGACUACCUCGGCAUUCCUCCUCUUUUCCCCCAGCUGGUGAUCCACGGACCUUUUAUUAAUGCAGUCGGAGUAUUAAAUAUGAACCAACCUUCUCAGUUGCAAGACAGACAUGGGAUUAUUUUUUGGGAAAUGAGCAUGAUGAGAGUCGGUCAGGUUUUUACAUUCAGUGAUGUCGCUUAAGCUAGACUAGCAUAUUUCAUGAUCUCGCUAUUCAGCAAUAUUUCACAAGGCAGACGUUUGUCUCUUUACUUUCUCCCACACCCUCUGUUGUAGAGUUGUUCUCUCUGUUUCCACACCAUGGCUAUAGAAUACACAGCUGUUGGAUAGACAAUCCAUUUGUGAAGCUGUAUCUGAAAUAGAAAAAAGCCAUUUGUUUGAGUGUAUAAUGUGGUUUCCGAGUCUGGUAUAAACAGUCGUGUGUUGUUAUAUGAAAGUUGCAUUUUUACUCAAGUCAGGCUUGUGUGGUUGCAUAAGUUAAUUUGAUGGCUCAGUAAAGCGUGUUGCUAUGUUUUUGUCUGCUUUUCAAAUGAUAUGACUUAUCAGUUUGUUAGAUUCAUGAAUAAAUGUUCAACUUUGUCAAAA